CAUGGUGAAUGAUGCUGAUCUGAAGAAAUGAAUAAUGUGAGCAUUAGGGGCGGCAGUGGGAUUACUCAGUGUUGAGAGAAACAACACGGAAAGCCCAGAGUGGAGGAGGGAGAAGGCACCAUUCUCUCAGCUUUAAUCUACUGCACCUCAGAGGACAGAGCUCUAACCAGACACGCUGCAAGCAUCAGAAUCGGGAUGAACAUCGAGGUGGGGAACAUUUCUUAUACAGGAGCCAUCAUCUCCUGGUCGUCCUCGGAGCCUUGCCUGGAGGACUAUUACCAUAUUAUGUACAGGCCCAACUGGAACAGCAUCUUCUCUGGCUAUCUUCGCUACAGCUUCCACCACGAGGAGAAGGUGCCUCGAACGAUCAGCUCCGUGGUGCUGGAACAUCUCGCCCCUUCCACUCUCUACUUCCUGUGCAUCAGCUGUAAGAAGGCUGCCUUCCCUUACAGGCACUACUGCACCAUGUUCCACACCCUGGAUAAGAGUCCGCUGGCUCCUGGAAGCUCCCUGGUAGACCCCCAGAUCUCCCUUUGGGUGCUGAUGGCCAUUCUGCUGGCCUGCUUCACAGCCGUCUUGGCCUUCAUCUGCCUCCAGUUCUGGUGUGUCCGUUGCCAUGAGCCGCGAUGGUCUUACAGGGCUGGCCACAUGGAGGAGGCCAAUGGGUUGGUGAGAUGGCCAGAGGAGGCCCCGGAUCUUGGUCAGAGGGAGGAAGACCUGCAGGGGCUCCCCCUGGUGGAAGUGCCACGCAAGAACUCCAGAGAUGGAGCUGAACUGGAUCCAGAAGCCAACCAGGAUGCCCCUGAGGCGGGUGCCUUACAGAGGGGGGGUGGUGACCAACCCGCUAUACUGCCUCAUUGUGGGGAAUGAGAGUGGGGAGGAGAGCGCCUGCAUCAUGUAGCCUAAAGCUUUCCACACAGUAGGUCGUUUGUACAAAUGUGUCUAUAGACUACCCAUUUCUCUCCCAUCAAAUGUCACUGCUAUUGUGGGUCACCUGGGUUGGAUGAAUGCCCCAUGACAAAGCUUCUCAAGCUGGAAAAUGUAUCCCCCAGGGUAUGCCAAGGCACAAACAAGGCAUCUCUGCAGCAGCAUCCACUCGGAGGACACAUUUAAGAAUUGAAAGCAUUGUUUUAACAUUAAAACAAACAUGGAUAUGUUAUAAAGUAGAAAGCAAAAAUUUGCAUGACUUAAAUAAAACAGCACUUGAAGGAAAUGCUUGAGUUACAAGUAGGCUCUCAGAGGUACACUUUUGGGCAAAGGUAGAUGUCCAGUUUCCUCUGCCCUUGAGGGGAUUAUUUGGAAAAGUGUGAGAACCCUUGCUCUGGAGUGUUUUCCAACUUUUAGGCAAUCACAUACCACCGGUCUCUAUUUUUUAAAACCAUGGAUUAUCUUCACUAUUAUUAAUAAUACUUUCCUUUAAAUUGACUCAUUUUUUAAGCAUAAACUUAUUUUCAAAGACAGCCUUAUAUUACUCCAUAAGUGAAAAACCAGCACCCUCCUGCUACAAACAGAAGGGAAGAGACAUAAGAAUAAACAUCAUGAAAACAAGAUAAUAUUAAAUCUGACUUAGCUUCUAUUGCCUGCCAGUGAUUCUGAGCUUAAUGCCUGCUUGCUUGUCUUUGAUAAAAAGGGAGAUCCAGUGUUGGAGAGGUAAUAAAGACAUAUUAGCACCAAUAUUUGUCUUUCUCCUUGAUAUAGCAUAAAGUUUGAAAGAGAAUUGAAAAGGGAAGUGCUGUUUUUACUUUGCGAGUCAGUGUUAGUUAAAUGCCAUGUCUGUCAACCACCUCAAAUGCUUUCAGUCAGCUUCCCUUGAUUUGAGAAAAUUGUCUUGACCAGACUAGGCAGGCUGUUCUGGAGAAGACGCCUGUACUCUCCAAGCAUCAUCCUAAGACCUUCCCAGUACCCUCUUAUAUCUAUAGAGCACAAAAUGCCAGAAUCACAGGACAACACUGCAGUGAAUCAACUAAGAAACAGCAGGAGCUGAGAAGCCAAGACGAGAAGCCCCACAUCCCUAUUCCCUUGCCUACCUCAUGCAUUCCCUGCUCGGCACCCAGACUUUUGCCCCCAUUCCUGCUACUUGUGAACAAAUAAAGAUUCAUAUACUCA